AUGCGUCUUCAAUGGGUCACUCUUUUCUGGGGUGCGAUUGCUUCUUCAAUCCCCCUCACUUCUUCUCAUGAGAUCCGGUUAGCCUAUCUUCCUUCCAUUGAGCCCGAUCACUCGAUAGACUCAUAUCUCUCCAUUAAAUGGUCUAUACAAAAUGACACUCUCUACGCCAAUAAUAACCGGGUCUUCCCACCCUCAACGUCAAUGCAACUCCAAGUACCUCAUAUUCAAGGCACACAGAACACUCAUUCCGACUUUGACGACCACGAUCUCGAUCUCUCUUAUUCCCUAGAGGUAUCUCCUCUCUCGCGUGAUGACUUCGCUUCUCCAAAUCGCAUCUUGCAGGUCAAGAUGGAAUUGCUCGACUUGCAAGGUCGCCCUGUUACUCCCAACUCGGUCGAACUAGAUCUUGUCGCCCACUCAGACGGUAGUCAGCAUAUUGCCCAAAUUCGUCUGCAGCCAGGUCGCAUCCUGCAUGACGACUCUCCGCACAGCCGUCCGUGGCAGAUGAAGUUCUGGAAGACCCAAAUGGGCACCCUGUCCAAGCCAGAAAAUGAGGAGCAAACUCCCCACCCAAUUCCGGGUGAGAACCUCGCUCCUGCUGAGGCACCUGAGUCGCAUGUUGGAUACCUCUCCUCGCCGUACUGGUCGCCCACCUACAUGGAUCACCAAGGCUCCAAGCACAGAGGCCAUGCGUUCUUGCGUAUGGUGCGCCCUGUUAUUCUCCCUGCUCUCUUCGGCGCUAUCGCUGGCUUGGCUGCCUGUCUCGUUGGGUUUGUGGCUGGUCAUGUUUUCCUCUCUCUAGCUACACGCAUGGGUCUUCGCAAGCAGCACCAACAACGACUGUCACUUAAUAUGGAGGAUGAUGUUGAGAAGUCCCCACUACUUGUGCCAGAGACUCAUGCCACCUCUGAUUUAGAUGAAUAA